GCUUCUAGAACAGUCCCUGAACAGAGUAGGCCCUCAAUACACAUGUAGGAAUGCAUGAGUAGGAGGAAAUCUGUCUCCAUUCAUGUUUCUUCUGAAGAUAAGAAGACAGUGCUUCCCCCUGAAGAAGAAAACCUUGUUCCUUCUCUGUAAACCCUCUUGGGAACCCGGAGGCUUUCAGGCUUUGGAAAGCAAAGACACGGGGAGGAAGUUCCCUUCAGGCAAAGGCAACUUCUGCUUUUCAUCCUGCUCUGAACCUCCACUGAAGGGAAGCUGGCUGUCCUCGGGAGCGUGGGGUCUGAAGACAGGACAGAGACAAUUCCAGAAGGAAUGGCCCGGACCAGUCUCUGGCGGACUGGGCACGCCGCCCUCCCUGUGUGUGUCCUCACGGGGGUUCCUGCCGGCUCCCAGUGCAGUGGGCGGGGAGCCGUACACACACACACACGCACACACACACCCCGGCGCUGGCGUCAGCUCAACCCUCGGCCGGCCUCAUUCCUGGUGCCGGACUCCUGUUCCAACAGCGCCCGGCCUGGGGCAAACGCAGGGCGGGGAGUCUGCAUGUGAGCGAGAGCCCUGUUCCUUCUUAAGCGCCCGCCAGUCAAGCCCGGGCCAGACGGCCAGCCAGCGGGUGCCCCACACACCGCCACCUGUCCUGCAGCCCCGCCGGCCGCCACCACCGCCGCCACCAGAGCCGGCCGCCGCCCGCCCUCCAUGGCCGACCAGCUGAGCGAGGAACAGGUGGCCGAGUUCAAGGAGGCCUUCUGCCUGUUUGACAAGGACGGGGACGGUGUCAUCACCACCCAGGAGCUGGGCACCGUCAUGCGCUCCCUGGGCCAGAACCCCACGGAGGCCGAGCUGCGGGACAUGGUGGGCGAGAUCGACCGCGACGGCAACGGCUCCGUGGACUUCCCCGAGUUCCUGGGCAUGAUGGCCAGGCAGCUGAGGGGCAGGGACAGCGAGGAGCAGAUCCGAGAGGCCUUCCGCGUCUUUGACAAGGACGGCAACGGCCUGGUGAGUGCGGCCGAGCUGCGGCACGUGAUGACCAGGCUAGGGGAGAAGCUGAGUGACAAGGAGGUGGACGAGAUGAUCCGGGUCGCCGACGUGGACGGGGACGGGCAAGUGAACUAUGAGGAGUUCGUCCACAUGCUGGUGUCCAAGUGAGGGGCCGGGCCUGGCGCUGUGGGAACCUGGGGCCGGCCUUGCUCCCUGCGUCCCUCGGGCCGCUUCUCCGUUCCAGGUGACUCUGCCCACCUUUGUGCGCCUCCCUUUGUCCCCUUUUCCCUCUUCCCAGCCAGGUGACACGGGCCACCCCCAGCCCAGCAAACGCCAGGUGCUUCUGCCUAUCAGUAGCAGCAGUGACAUUGCUCUGCAUGGACAGUGGGCAGAGGACCAGCGAGUCCCACUGGCCACUGGGGAGGGUGACAUCAUAGAGCCCUUGGCCGGACCCCUGGAAGGCGCUCAGCACUGGGGCGGGGCCGCGGGAGCCCCCAGCGCCAGGGAGCGGUUCCGGAGCCUCCCUGGCUCCAUCUGCCACUCACUGGGGCGGGUGGGAGGGAACCGGCCUAGGUGAGGGGCUGCUGGAGAUGUUGACACUUGCGAUCGGGCUUCCCCGAGAAACGUCACCCCCUUUCCACGGGGCGCUCUCUUGUCUGUGAUUCGUCCUUUGCAGCUGGGAGUAAAACUGGGGUUAGUUGUAACACGUGUGUGUUCAGCUUCACGGAGGGAAAUCUGAGCGGGAGGGAGAAGGAAGCACAGGGGAAUAAUAAAAUGCUUG